AUGUGUUGGACACAGAGACCGGGGCAGAAGUCCAGACUUUGGACGUCAGCAGAUUUGGUUUUCUUGACAACCUUGAGUUCGACCUUAAAACUUAGAAGAUGUAUGGCCAGUACUGGGAUGGGGAAAAGGAGCACUUCGUGGAAGUGGAUUAAUUAUGAGCGAAACACUACGCGAAGCAUUGCCACCAUCAAUCUUCGAUACAAGCUGUCCGGGACUCGUGCAAUUGACUACAUCGCAGGCCGCUUCUACCUUGUCGCUGACAAUCAGCAGCUUGUUGGCCUAAGCCUUGAAACAGGGGAGGAGGUUACUCGGAACACUUUGUCACGGUUUAUCGGAAAUGGUGGGAUCUUCUUCGACGGGGCGACUCAAAAGCUACGUGCCCUCUGCAGAGCGUUCGAUGAUUCCUUCGACUUCGCUCUCUGCAUCGUUGACCCCAGCACUGGAGAAGUAUCAGCGACUUCUGAUGAUGCCGAGCGGAUUCCUUGUAUUGUCUUUUCCGGCAAUGCCUACGACUCUGCAAACCAGGUUUAUUUCUUUGAAGAGCCAGCCGGGCUUGUCGCGUUCAACGCAAACACUGGGAAGCGAAUUGCAGGACCAUUUACGUCCGCAAACACAGCGUCGCUAACUGUAGUCCCCAGGUGCGAGUGCUGUGUUGUUGCGGACAGGGACAAUAGUUCCAACACUGUCGCGGACCUGGCCAAUGGCUCAAACACUGGGCGGCAGCUUCAGUACAACACUGGCAGGUUCGCUGCAUGUAAUGCCAAAGUCUCAGGGACGAGCCGUCCUGAGCCGCAGAAGCUCGGCGCCCUUGCCGUGCUUACCACAUUGGCACAAAUGGCACUACUUGACCUAUGCUAG